UACGUUGACACGCUGGUGGCUAGUUCCUGGACUAGGCCUUAGCAGGGGGGAGGGGUUGCGGGCCAGUAACUGCCCCGGGAGCGCGGGCGGGCGGGCGGCGAUGGUGUCCGCCGUGUAGAGGCGCCGGCGGAGCAGCAAGGCCGCCAUGAUCAUAGAGAACGUGGACGCCCUCAAGUCCUGGCUGGCCAAGUUGCUGGAGCCGAUAUGUGAUGCAGACCCUUCGGCCUUGGCUAACUACGUUGUGGCAUUAGUCAAGAAAGACAAACCAGAGAAGGAGCUGAAAGCUUUCUGUGCUGAUCAGCUAGAUGUCUUUCUGCAAAAAGAAACUUCAGGUUUUGUGGAUAAACUCUUUGAAAGUCUGUAUACAAAAAGCUACCUUCCUUCCCCUGAACCAGCAAAAGUAGAAUUGAAGCCUGCAGGUCAGGAAAAAGAGGAAAUCAAAGAGGAGGAUGUCAGCGUUCCUGCACUUCCUCAGCGUUCCAGCCUGCAAGUGGCUGGGCAUGGCCAGGAUGCAGCCAGGCAAGGUUGUGGGAGCAGCCCCAGCGGUUGGAUGAAGACCUUUCAGGAGUCACUUGAGGAAGAGCGAGAGAGCAAGAAAAAGAAGCAUUGUAGCCCACAGAAAAACCGUUCGGAUUCUAAUGAGCAAAGAACCAGAGAGAAGAAAAGAGAUGAUGGUAAAUGGAGGGAUUAUGAUCGAUACUAUGAUCGGAAUGACUUGUACAGAGACAAAUAUGAUUGGCGAAGAGGCAGGAGUAAGAGUCGUAGUAAAAGCAGAGGGUUAAGUCGAAGUCGCAGUCGCAGCAGGGGUAGAAGCAAAGACCGAGAUGCAAACCGAACUAUCGCUGAGCACAGAGAGAGAUCAAAAUUCAAGAGCGAAAGGAACGAUGUGGAGAGCUCAUAUAACCCGGUGUCUUUGUCGCCCAGUAACUCUACUGAACAGUAUUCAUCUGCACAGUCUAUUCCCAGUGCUGUUACUGUGAUUGCACCUGCCCACCAUCUUGAAAACACAACAGAGAGCUGGUCAAAUUAUUAUAACAAUCAUAAUGCUCCUAAUUCAUUUGGUAGAAACCCUCCACCUAAGAGAAGGUGUCGAGAUUAUGAUGAGCGAGGAUUUUGUGUCCUUGGUGACCUUUGCCAGUUUGAUCAUGGAAAUGACCCUUUGGUAGUAGAUGAAGUUUCAUUGCCAAGCAUGAUUCCUUUUCCACCGCCACCCCCAGGACUUCCUCCUCCUGGCAUGCUAAUGCCUCCUAUGCCAGGCCCUGCUCACAAUAUGAGAAUGCCAGUUCCACAAGCACAUCCACAGCCUCCACCUCCUGUUGUGCUCCCUGUACCAAGACCACCUUUAACACAGUCAAGUUUAAUAAAUAAUCGUGACCAGCCCAGGACAAGUGCAGUACCCAAUCUGGCACCAGUGGGAGCAAGACUACCUCCUCCUUUAUCCCACAACCUACUGUACACAGUAUCAGAACAUACAUAUGAGCCAGAUGGCUAUAACCCAGAAGCUCCUAGUAUUACUGGUGCAGGUAGAUCUCAGUACCGACAGUUCUUUACAAGGACACAGACACAACGUCCAAAUCUGAUUGGCCUAACAUCUGGAGAGAUGGAUACAAAUCCACGAGCUGCUAAUAUCAUCAUCCAGACUGAGCCUCCAAUUCCCAUGAUAAAUAACAGCAAUGUAACAAGAGUGGUGCUUGAGCCAGAUAGCAGGAAAAGACCACCAAGUAGCAUGGAAGGGCCAUCUGUAAAGAAACCCUGGAUUGGAAAGCAAACCAACAACAACCAGAAUAAACCAGGAUUUCUGAAAAAGAAUCAAUAUACAAACACCAAAUUGGAAGUUCGUAAAAUUCCUCCCGAGUUAAAUAAUAUUACACGACUUAAUGAGCACUUCAGUAAAUUUGGAACCAUUGUCAACAUUCAGGUUGCUUUCCAAAAUGAUCCUGAAGCCGCUCUAAUUCAGUACUUAACCAAUGAUGAGGCCAGAAAGGCCAUUUCUAGCACAGAGGCAGUUUUAAACAAUCGGUUUAUAAGGGUGCUGUGGCAUAGGGAAAAUGAACAGCAGCCAUCGUUACAGCAGCAGCAGCCACCACAGUCUCUUCAUCACCAACUUCAUCCUCACCCGCAGAGUUUGACUGCACAGCCUCCAGCUGUGACGGUACAUAGCAAUGUUUCAAAGGUGAUGACAAAACCACUGGCAGCUGGUGCCUAUGUCCUUAAUAAAGUUUCAGUUAAACGUCGCCUUGGAGUACUUGGUGGAAACCAGACUGACCUGAACCAGUCAAGUUCUAUUGCAGAAGAUUCUCAGACAUUUCCUACUUCUACAAGCCAUACAAAGAUGAUCUAUAGUCCUUCAAAUUUGAAGACCUCUAUGAAACCUGGUACCGGAUCAAAAUCUCAUGAUGUGCAAGAGGCUCUCAAAAAGAAACAGGAGGCAAUGAAGUUGCAACAAGAUAUGAGGAAAAAGAAGCAGGAGAUGUUGGAGAAGCAAAUAGAAUACCAGAAGAUGUUGAUAUCCAAACUGGAAAAGAACAAAGCUAUGAAACCAGAGGAGAGGGCAGAGAUAAUGAAGACCUUAAAUGAACUAACAGAAAAGAUUUCUCAAUUAAAAGAUGAAUUAAAAACUUCAUCUACUGCCUCCACACCAUCAAAACUAAAGAGCAAAACAGAGGCACAGAAGGAAAUUUUAGAUGCAGAACUAGACUUGCACAAAAGAUUGUCAUCUGGAGAAGACACAACAGAGUUGAGGAAAAAACUCAAUCAACUCCAGGUUGAAGCUGCCCGUUUAGGUAUCUUGCCUGUAGGUCGAGGAAAAGUGAUGUCUGUUCAGGGUAGAGGAAGAGGACGAGGUCGUGGUGGAAGAGGAAGGGGCAUGUUGAAUCACAUGGUGGUGGAUCACCGUCCCAAAGCACUAACUGUCGGGGGCUUUGUUGAAGAAGAGAAAGAUGAGUUGUUACAACACUUUUCUAAAUUUGGAGAUAUAGAAGAUCUCCAAGAAGAGGAGUCUCCUUUAAGUGUUGUUCUAACUUUCAAGUCCCGCUCAGAAGCUGAAAAUGCUGCUAACCAAGGAUCAAAGUUCAAAGACCGAAAGCUACAGAUAUCGUGGCACAAACCCAAGGUACCUUCUGUGUCCACAGAAAUAGAGGAAGAGGAAUCCAAGGAAGAGGAGACUGAAACCUCAGAUUUAUUUUUGCAUGAAGAUGAUGACGACGAUGAUGAAGAUGAAGAUGAAUCCCGUUCUUGGAGAAGAUGAAACUUGGUGUUGGAAUUGUAUAUUUUUAGGAAUAUAGUUUAAACUACAACUUUUAAAAAUUUAUUUAAGGAAGUUGAUGAGCCAAAAAAUUUUAUGUUCAUUUCUUUUCAAAAUACAGUAGAUUUAAAGUGAGAGCAAGCUUGCUAUAUAAACGUCAUACUUCGCUGUGAUACUAAGUUAGCCAAAGGCCCAAUGACUUUUUAGAGUUAAAAAGAUCACCAUUGGUGUUUGUCCUCCUUUAAAAACAAUAUUUUCAAUCUUUCUUUUCAAGCCACCUGUAUUACUUAGUUUUUUAUGUGAUUGAUUUAUUAGUUUAUAACUGAAAGGAAGAAUAGGUUUUAUUUAGAAUAUUAUGGGGUCAGAAGAGAGCUACAUUUAAAAAAAAAAAAAGUUUUCAUUAAAUGUCAAAAUUGCCUCAUUUGCUCACCUGAAAGGGGUAGUAUUUUAUUACAUGUUGAGUCAGUUAUCAGAAAUAUUUGUUGGAAUUCACCUGAUUCAAGAUCUGUCUUGAAGGGUCAUGUGUAAUUUCAGUCCAGAAAGCUCAACGUUUCUAUAGUUUGUCUUCUGUUCAUGCAUGUUUUCACAAGGGUAUUCAUACAACACUGCUCAAUAUUAGUUCACUGUAUAUCAUUUUAGAUCUUGUUUCACUGAAAUGUCAACAAUGACACUGAGAUUUGAGUAAUUGAAAUAUCGUUUCCAUGCGUUCACUUCAAGUGUCUGUUUCCUCAUACACUUUGAAUGCAAGGUUCAAAAUUGAUCUAGGCUGUUACUUUAUUGCAUUGUCAGUAUUGUUGAAAUUAAUUUUGUAGAGGUUUUUCUUGGAUUUUUCUCCCCCUUUUUUGAUAACCAACCACUAGAAUCCUUGUCUGUGAGCAUGGGAGGCCUUGGGCUUUUUGUUCCCUUUCUCCCUCCCCUUCCCCCCCCCCCUUCCCCUCAAAUGAUCAGAUCUCAUUUUUAUUAAUGUUCAGGCCAAACUUGUACAGUGUUCAGAGUAAAUUUUAUGGUUUUAGGGGCAUGUAAGGUCUUCUACUCUGAGAAGUAUAUAUGAAACCACUAAGUGAUGAAAUUCUUAAACAUAGUGUUUAAAACUUGCUUUAAGUAAGCUAAUACAUUUGUCUUAAAAACACAACUUAAUUUAAAAGCAGGUAGGUUGAAUAUCAUAAAAUUCAGUUGCCGUUGUCUUUAUAUCACUAAAAAGCACCCAAAAUAAAUGGUGUGUAUUGUGGUAGAAAUGGGGAUAAUGAGUUUAUACUGUCCGAGAGCCAUAGAUCUUCAUAAUUCUGUUAUGUGCUGUUCAUGAACAGCAAUGCAUUAUCUUGUAAGCUCUGUCUUGUGCACCUGUACUGUGUGUACUACAUCUGAGGUAUCUUACAUGAGAGACCUGGGGAAGAAAAACCUUUGCAUUCUGAAUGUCAGUGUAGAGGAGCAUAACAAACAUAUUUUGUCAGCACUAAGAUAGGAAACGGCUUUUGUUCUCUACAUACCAAACACGAAAAAAAAAAUAUAUAUCUUUUUUAAGUUAGCACUCAUCUUUUCAAAUUAGCACACUGAGCCAUUUCACAACCUGUUCCUGAUUCAGAAUGAGAGGGGGAAAAACUUUAUACUAGAGUCUUUAAAUCAAAAAGUCUCUGAACUUAGUUACUUGAGGUUGCAUGUUUUCAGUUUGCCGAUUGUAUUGUUUCCCCCCAUUUAACUAUCCAUUUGCCGUGGCUGUAUGUACAAGAAGCCAAAACACUAUCCCUUUCGGUUUCAGUGUCAGUUGAAGGGAGCACUUCCUUCAGUAUUAAGGCCUCCCCUUUCUACAGAACUGCUGUUCUCCCAAUAUGGAGGCUGAAAUUCAACUGAUGGAGUGAGGGAAAAUGCUAAAACCAUGUACCUGAAGAAUAAACCUUGCUCUUCUCCCAUCACCUCUAAAAUUUUCUUAAUGUCUAGACUCAGUCAGUGUAUAUUUUGAAAGAUCCAUUGCAGCAAAUGUUUGAGUCCUGACAGUUUAACAAAAUGAUAGAGGGAACAAAGGAUUUAUAUAUUUUUUUGUACAGAGUUUUUCUUAAAAUUGUAUAAUUUUGUAAAUAUUUUGUUUUUGUGUACUAAAACUACCAGCGUAUAGAUUUCAAUAAGAAUUGUUGUAUUUUUGUAUUUGGAAACUGAAGAUUACAGUGAGUAAAUGAACCUGUAAAAGAAAAACUCAGUAGCCUUUGACAUGAUUAAACAGAGUGGGAUUCCUUUUCAUAUGAUUUUGAACUCUAAAAUGACACCCGACUGGCAUGCUGUGUUCAGAGACUUGAUUUUUUGCCCUUGCUCAGAUACGUUGGCUUUUCUAGCAGGGCGAGUUAAGUGGCAAAGGAAGAGUGGAAGCUUUAUUUAAUGAGCUUUGGAGAGCUGUAUAUACAUUUUUCUUUGUAGUACGCAUUGGCAGGCUUACAGAAAUCCCCAGGUGACAUCCAAAAUACAAUUUUUAAGCGUUGAAGCACAAAAUGAGUUGUGACUGUGAACUUAGAUUGUGUAUUGAAAGCCUGCUAUUAUAUUAUUGGGCAUCUAAGUGAUGGGCAGCAUAGCAGUAACUGACUCUUGGUGUUUAAGGAAUGGGGAAGCCUUUUGAAAGUGACCUUGGUUUUUCAAAGGUGUAGAGAACCUUUCUAUUGUAUUCUUAGGGUUUACUAGGUAAUAUUACUGAAUCCUUUAUUUUUAAGUAGGUAGUUGAGAAUGCAACUUAUUUUAUUUUUAUUUUCAAUGUGAACUUUUGAAAAGUACAUUACAUUACACUUAAUUCAUAAUCACUACCAUAACUAGAUACAUGUUAACCAGGCUAUUUAUUGGGAAUUUAAAGUAAAAUGCUACCAAGCAAAAGCCUAGCUGACAAAUAUUACAACUGUAGAUACUAAAAAUUAAACCGUGGUGUAUAUUUAUUUUUCAUCAAUGAGUUAAGCUCUGACACAAAACAAGAAAACCAACAACUGAAUAAAAAAAUCAGUUUGAAAGUACUUGCCCACUUAUGACACAUAUUACAGUGGUUUUUAACAAAAUCAUGUGAAAAGGAAUACUAGUUCCUCUUGAUGUAUAGUAAACUUGUACUAUAGUUUUUACAAAAUUGUGAGCUUGUGUAAUAGUAUAAUAGGAGAUAUUGUUGAAUUUCUAACUGUUUAUACAUUUAAAUUCAUAUAUGUAAUGUUUGUUUUAUUGAUUACAAUCGGAAUUUCUAAGAUGCAUGUUGACUUUUUGCAAUAAAGAUAUAACGCGGAAUGGUUCAAGAUUUAAAAAAAAAAAUGAAAAGGAUGAAAAUAAUUCUAACUUAAAAAAAAAAAUUGGAAAACUAAAGAACCAUUCCAAAAAAUUAUAA